ACAAUACCAGGGGACAUGACGGUGGCCUUUGGGGUGGCAGACAUCAUCGUUGUGGUUAUUUACUUUGCCUUUGUCCUCGCUGUUGGGAUAUGGUCGUCGAUAAGAGCAAGCCGGGGGACCAUUGGAGGCUAUUUCCUAGCUGGAAGAUCCAUGACUUGGUGGCCUAUCGGAGCAUCCCUGAUGUCAAGCAAUGUGGGCAGUGGCUUACUCAUUGGCCUGGCAGGCACUGGAGCAGCUGGAGGCCUUGCUGUUGGGGGCUUUGAGUGGAAUGCUACCUGGGCUCUGCUGGCUCUCGGCUGGAUCUUUGUGCCUGUUUACAUCGCAGCAGGAGUUGUCACCAUGCCUGAGUACCUGCAGAAGAGAUUUGGAGGGCAGAGGAUACAAAUCUACAUGUCUGUACUCUCCCUCAUUCUCUAUAUAUUCACCAAGAUAUCCACAGACAUUUUUUCUGGUGCGUUGUUCAUCCAAAUCUCUUUGGGCUGGAACCUCUACUUGUCCACUGUGGUCUUGCUAGCAGUGACUGCUGUCUACACCAUAGCUGGUGGUUUAACGGCUGUGAUAUACACAGAUGCGCUGCAGACCUUGAUCAUGGUCCUGGGAGCUUUGGUCCUCAUGUUCAUAGGAUUUGAAAAAGUUGGGUGGUAUGAAGGACUUCAGGAGAAAUACAGCACAGCAAUACCAAAGAUCAUAGUCCCAAACACCACCUGUCACCUCCCGCGUGCAGACGCCUUUCAUUUGUUCAGGGAUCCGGUCACUGGAGACAUUCCUUGGCCUGGCCUUAUAUUUGGCCUCUCUGUGCUGGCUCUGUGGUGCUGGUGCACUGACCAGGUGAUAGUCCAGAGGUCUCUCUCUGCCAAGAACCUCUCCCAUGCCAAAGGUGGAUCAGUGCUGGGAGGAUAUCUGAAAAUAUUCCCUAUGUUUGUCAUUGUCAUGCCAGGAAUGAUCAGCAGAGCUCUUUACCCAGAUGAAGUGGGCUGUGUGGACCCAGACAUCUGUAAAAGGGUCUGUGGAGCUGCAGUGGGUUGUUCCAAUAUUGCCUACCCCAAACUUGUGAUAGAACUCAUGCCUGAUGGGCUCCGGGGUUUGAUGAUUGCUGUGAUGAUGGCAGCCUUGAUGAGUUCCCUCACCUCUAUUUUCAACAGCAGCAGCACUCUCUUCGUUAUAGACAUCUGGCAGCGGGUCCGCAGAAAGGCUUCAGAGCAGGAGCUGAUGAUUGUGGGCAGAGUCUUCAUCCUCAUCCUUGUAGUCAUCAGUAUCCUCUGGAUCCCGAUCAUUCAGUCAGCCAACAGCGGCAAGCUCUUUGACUACAUUCAGUCCAUAACCAGCUAUCUAGCCCCACCCAUCACAGCUCUCUUCAUCUUGGCAAUCUUCUGCAAGAGGAUUAAUGAGCCUGGUGCUUUCUGGGGCCUCAUGGCCGGGCUGGCUGUUGGUCUUGUUCGGAUGAUCAUGGAGUUUAUUUAUAGCACACCAUCUUGUGGUGAGGAGGACAGAAGACCAGCUGUGCUAAAGGACUUGCACUACCUCUACUUUGCCCUCAUCCUCUGUGUCCUCACUGCCAUGGUCAUUGUCUUUAUUAGCCUCUGCACCCCACCGAUCCCUGAAGAAAAGCUUGACUGCCUGACAUGGUGGACAAGACACAGGAAAGCACCUGCCAUUGACCUGAAGAAUCACAAUAGUGAAGCAGCACAGAUCAAUUCAGCCACUGGAGAGAGUGACUUAGCUGCAGAUGCAGCCACUGAGGAGGAGGCAGCAGCCAAGCCUCCCUGCUGGAAAAUGCUGUAUUUAUGGUUCUGUGGACUGUCCACCGGCCCCACACCCACCCUGUCCCAGGAGGAGAGAGCUGCCCUGGAAAGGAGACUCACCAGCAUCGAGGAAAAGCCCCUGUGGAAGGCUGUUUGCAAUGUUAAUGCCAUCCUCCUGAUGACCAUUAAUGUCUUCCUGUGGGCAUACUUUGGUUAAGAUGGGGUCAGGCAGCAUGUGGCCUUGGCUUGUC